GAGGUAAUAUUUUUCUUUCGAGAACGGUCUUUCUUACCUUCCAAUUCUCUUUGGCUACUGUAGGCAAACAAACAUAUGGAUGUUCUAUUCGUAUGGCAGGUCGAUACCUCACAAUCACCUAUCGGAUAAUCGUGUGAAGAUAUUAAUAAUUUAUUAACCCUGGAUUUUGAGCAUAAACACAAAGAUGGCGGCCGGUGUUGUGACGACGUCUGUGAAUUAUUCCUCUUCUCAGCCAUCGGCUGCUCCUUUAAAUCGGUCGCAAAUGGGAGGUUAUGAUGCAAACUUUGUAAGUCCCAUCUCUGCGGAUUAUUUGUGUCCGAUUUGCCAACUUGCUUUUCGAGAUCCCGUUCAAACGAGGGAUUGCGGACAUCGAUUCUGUGAGUCUUGCCUUGAGCCAAUUUUGAGAAAACCUCCAGCGUUUUGCCCGAUUGAUCGGAGAACUUUAACGAGAGAGAAGGUGUACCCUGAUAGAGCGUGUAAAAGAACAGUGCUGUCAUUAACAGUGAAAUGUCACAACAGUGGUAACGAGUGUGACUGGACAGGAGAACUUAUAAACCUUCCUACUCACCUGGAAAAUUGUAAACGAGUUCCCAUAAAGUGCAUUAACAACUGUGGAAGAACAGACAUACCAAGAGACCAGAUGUCAACACAUGUGGACGUAGACGGGGAUUGUCCUCUGGCUAUUGUCCCAUGUCAGUACACCGACAUUGGCUGUAAAUUUAAGGGACGGCGUAAUGAGAUGGAAAAACAUGCUCAAGACAAUAUGCAAGUUCACUUGGAUCUGGCCCACUUAAGAAUAAGAGAACUUGAACAGAGACAGGAGUUUGUAUGCACAAAUGGAAAAUUCCUGUGGAAGAUCUCAAACUACUCACAAUUAUUUCAGCAAUCUGCCACAAAGAAAGAGAAAGAAAAACUUUGCAGUCCUCCAUUUUACACGGGACAGUAUGGCUACAAGCUACGAGCGGAGGCUUUCCUUAAUGGCCUUGGACAAGGGAAAGGAACACACCUGUCCCUUUACGUUGUCAUUAUGAAAGGAGAAUAUGAUGCCAUACUUCCAUGGCCAUUUCAACAGCGAGUGGACUUUGUUCUGAUUGAUCAAGAUGAUGACAUGGCCGUACGACAGAAUAAAGUUUGGAGGCUCACUUGUGAUAGAGACAGUGAUUACUUUAAGAGGCCAAACAAGGCGAAGAGUCUUGGAUUUGGUUGCCCUAAGUUUGUUUCCUUGGAUACACUCAGAACUAGAAACUAUAUCAGAGAUAAUACAAUCUUCAUAAGAAUUGACGUGGAGCCACUGGAUGCAUCCUGAAAAUACUAAUUGAUCUUCAGUAUACAGCUUACUAUUCAUAACUUGCAUGAUGAAUUUGUUAUUUGCUUCUAGAAAACUGUUUCUGCAAAUGUAAAGAUGGUUGAGUGGUUGACAAAACAAAAUUUAAAAAAAUUUAUGGGACGAUAAGUAUCUGUGUGAACUCUCCUGGAAUUCUCCUGGAUACAGACCAAAUCUCCUGCUCUCCAAUACAGGUCACCAGAUCUCCCUGAUAUGAACUGGAAAGUGCUUGAAGUACCUUUUCACACCUAAUGUGUCCUAUUUUUGGCAUUUCUGGGGUACAUUUUUGGAACAUUUGAUGCUUGACUGAAUUGAUGAUGCCAAACUGAUGAUAACAAACUAAGUUGUUAGUUUAGUGUCAAGAAAGUAAAAUUGGCAGUCUCACAUAUUUCAAUUUCUUUUAGGUUGUCAUCUCUGUAUAAGUUAAUUUUUUCAUGCUGUUAUAUCAUUUUAAAUUUCAGAAACAGUUUUCUUGUUACCUGGCAUUUUGCCAUACAAGACCAUUACUAAGAAUAACCUUGAUAUAUGUCAUUUAAAUGAUCUAUUUUAACAAAGGGUAACAUAUUUGCAGGUCUACCUGCUAGUACUUACUUUAUUUCCUUGAAUGAUACCCAUUAUUACUUUCAUUAGUUUGCUGAAAGUUGAAACAUUGUGUAUCAAUGGGUGCUUGUAAAUGAAUGCUGGCAUUGAACUUUUCAAACUCAUUAAUAAUUCAUCAAGUUAAAACAAAGAAAAUCACAACCAUGACGGAGGUUUGGAUACUUGGUCUUAAUUUGCAUAGAUUUUGAUGAUUUUACUUCUUUGUUUACUCCCUAGUUUUUGUUUUGAUGGAGAAGAUAUAUCAAACAA